AUGCAAAUGUUUAUUGUAUCUUUAACAUCUAUAGAAAAUGACUGGCAUUUUACUUGCAAUCGUACAAGAAGACCAAAAAGGAUUUGUUGUGGAGACGGAAAUGAAACUAUCUGUUGUACCAGAGGUGUUUGUCUUGUUUAUGAAAGUGAAACUGGCUUAAACUUAUCUUCAAAAAUACGCAAAGUUUGUCAUAAACUCAACAAGAUAUAA